AUGAGGCUUCUCACUUUUGUUUCUGCUUCCAUCCUCCUCGCGGCGGUUUCUGCCCAGCUUGACUACGAGCCCCUUGAUGCUCGUGACCUCACCGAGGACGCCCUCUUCGAGGCCCGCGACCUCCUCGACGGCGAUAACUACGUCGACGCCCGUGACUUUGACGAUUUCGACGAGUACGCCGCCCGUGAAUUCGACGAAUUUGAUCUCGAAGCACGCGAGCUCUACCCUGAAGACCUCGACGCCCGCGACCUCGGGUUCGACUUGGGCGACUACGACGCCCGUGACAUCUUUGACGGCGACUACGACCUCGAAGCUCGCGGAUUCGACCUUGAAGAACUCGAAGCGCGUGGUUUCGACAUUGACGACCUCGACGCCCGCGAAUUUGAUGAUCUCUUUGGGCUCGAGGCGCGUUCGAAGGAUUCGGACGAGGUGGCUAAGCUUAAGGCUGAGCUGAAGAAGACCAAGGCGCUGUUGACCAAGAGCCGUGCGAAAAAUAAGGCUCUUGAGCGCCAACGUACCAGCAGUCUUAAGCGCGCCAAGUCGCUGAGGCGCAAGUUGAGGGGUAAGAGCAGCAAGGAGGUUGCUGAGAUUUUGGACAAGGAGAGGAAGAAGAGGAAGAGCAGGAGGACUAAGAGGAAGGCGUUGAGGAAGAAGUUGUCGGAGAAGAAGGAUAAGAAGAAGAAGGACGAGAAGAAGGACGAGAAGAAGGACGAGAAGAAGGAUGAGAAGAAGGAUGAAAAGAAGGAUGAGAAGAAGGACGAGAAGAAGGACGAGAAGAAGUAG